GCCCCGGGCUUCGGUACUAGUACGUAUAGAUAAGUAAUCGGGUUGGACGAAAGUAUAAGAGGCCGUCAUGUCCUGAUUUGCAAUCGACGGACGAUGGCAUCAGACCCCUUCCUCACAUACCUUUGCCACUUGACACGCAUUCCACCAUGACAGCAUCACGGAGAACAGAGACAGCAGGGUCCAGCUUGACGCGAGGCAUCUAUGUGCCCACUGUCGCCUUCUUCACCCCAGAGGACGAAGUCGACAUCGAGACCACCAUCUCCCAUGCCACCAGACUGGUCCAGGCAGGUGUCGCUGGGCUUGUCACUCACGGCUCCAACGGCGAGGCAGUCCACCUUGACCACGAGGAGCGCAACCUCAUCACCAAAGCCACCCGCAAGGCCCUCGUGCAAGCAGGCAAGCCUGACCUGCCCCUGAUCGUCGGUUGCGGUGCCCAGUCCACGCGCGAGACCAUCAAGCUCUGCCGCGAUGCAGCCGAGUCGGGAGGCACCCAUGCCAUGAUCUUGCCGCCUUCAUACUACGGCGGUCUUUUGACAACCGAGCUCAUCGUCCAACACUUUGAAGACGUUGCCAACGCCAGCCCUAUCCCGCUCCUCAUCUACAACUUCCCGGCGCCCUGUGGCGGCCUCGAUCUGAGCUCGGACACCAUCCUCCGUCUCGCGCGACACCCCAACAUUGUCGGCGCGAAGCUGACGUGUGGCAACACGGGCAAGCUGGCCCGCGUCGUCGCCGGCACGAGGGACCUGGACUUUGUCACCUUUGGCGGCAGCGCCGACUUCACCAUCCAGACCCUCUCCGUAGGCGGCCACGGCGUCAUCGCCGGCACAGCCAACCUUGUGCCGCGUCUAUGCCUCCGACUGAUGCAGCUGUGGGACGACGGCGCCCUGGCAGAAGCCACGGAGCUGCAGGGCAUCGUCGCGCGUGGCGACUGGGCGGCCAUCAAGGGCGGCUUCGUGUCCGUCAAGGCUGCGUUGCAGCGGUACCAUGAGUACGGCGGACUACCGCGCCUGCCGUGUGCGGUCCUCGAGGGCAAGGCGCUGGAGGCGCAGAUGGUGGAGUUCCGGGAGGUGAUGGAGCUGGAGAGGCGGUCAUCAUUAGCUGGAGGAUCGUAGUGGGGACAGAGGGGCAUGAUCAUGACAUUUUCCCGUACAGUAGCGUUGCUUCGGUUAUAGGGCGUACAAUAAUAAUCAGACCAUGGGUCGUCGAGUAUGCUUGAUUUGGCAUUCGUCGGCGAGAGUGACCGUGACAA